ACUUUCGUUUUCUUCAAACCGAGAGUGAGGGAGGAGCUUCACUCCGUGAGGAAAUGGCGGCUGUUGUGUCUUACCACGUCCUGAGAGUGCUGUGUGAUAACCAGUGCUGUCUGCAGUUGCAGCAGUUGGAAGCUGUUUUACGGCACAGUUUGACGGUAGAUGAGCGGCUCCUGCGGCGCGCGCUGCUGGACAGCCAGCACUUCCGGGUUGUUGAUGAUGAUGAUGAUGAUUCGGCCGCGCGCGCGCUCGGUCCCGGUGCUUUGAUCAUUGCGGUAACGCCGCUGCGGCUGUGUAAAGACCCGGGCAAGUGUGAACACUGCGAGGAGCUGCACUUGUGCCGGUAUCACGUGUGUGGGAGUUGUAGAUUCGGGGACAAAUGCAAAAACCCUCAUGAUAUAAAAUCUGCACACAAUUCUGCUGUUCUGAGAAAGAAGAAUCUUUAUCUCCUUGAAGAAUCACAAUUGUUUCAACUUCUGCUACAGAACGAUCCUGCUCUUGUUCCAGAGAUUUGUUCCCACUAUAAUAAGGGAAACGGAGAACACGGAAGCUGUAAAUAUCAGACUAAAUGCACCAGCCUGCAUGUCUGCCAGCACUUCCUACAGGAUGACUGUAAAUUUGGAACUGCUUGCAAGCGGGCUCAUACUUUUGAUGCAGUUGCCAAGAAAAUUCUGAAUGGCAGAGGUUUCAGUCCGGAAAAUGUACGCACCCUUCAGAAAACAUACAAAAACAAGUUUCUUCUCAGCAGUCAAACUGAAAAGUCCAUCUCCAGAGGAGCAGAGAAAGAUGAACAAGUGAAGAAAAGGCAUCACUCUAGCAGCUCAGUGAGUGAGGCAGACAGGAAUGAAAUCUGCCUCUUCUUCGUGCGCAAGGGAUGCAGUUUCAAAGAGAAAUGUGUCCGUGUUCAUCAUGAUCUGCCUUAUAAAUGGGAGAUUCUGGAUAAAGAUGGAGUAACAUGGAAACACUUGCCCAAUGAAGAUGAUGUUGAGAGGGCCUACUGUAAUCCAGCUAAUGACAAAAGCUUUGGGCCACCACCUGUGGACUUCACUUCAAUGAAGUGUGGAGAGAGACCAGUUCGUCGUCUAUCCACAGCGUCCUCCGUUACUAAACCUCCUCACUUCAUCCUAACCACUGAAUGGCUUUGGUACUGGAAGAACGAUCAAGGACGAUGGAUUGAAUAUGGCCAGGGGGAAGAUGGAAAAUCUUUGGCAUCAAUCACCUCAAAAGCCUUGGAGAACGUGCAUCUCUCUGAAAUUGAAACUGAAAUUGAAUUCAGCCUGGGCGGGCAUGAAUAUGUGCUCAACAUAAAAGAUAUGUAUCAACAAAACAUAAAGUACAAAACAAAACGAGAGGUUCGGCGGAGGCCACGAUUUGUCUCGGCACAAGAUGUUAACGGAACAUCAAAAAGUGAUGCUCCAGAAACCUCCGGCUCUUCCUCUGUGGAUAUUCCUGGUCACUGGGAUAAAUCAGCUCUGCCCAGCUUCUCUUACAAGAUUGUUCUUCUGUCAAAGUCUGCACAUGAUUAUAAAAGUGUAUCCACACUGUUCCAACGGACGAUGUCCUCAAGCACCAUCCACAGCAUCAAGAGAGUGCAAAAUCCUUCGCUCUGGAGAGUUUUUCAGUGGCAAAAAGAACAGAUGAAAAAGAGGAACGGAGGGGGGGCUAUAGAUGAGCGCUACCUCUUCCAUGGUACAGAUAAGUCUCUAAUAGACGCCAUCUGUGAGCAAAACUUUGACUGGAGGGUUUGUGGUGUCCAUGGAUCACUUUAUGGCAAAGGAAGUUACUUUGCCAGAGAUGCCAAGUACUCAGAUAAAUACGCUAAAUCCAAAGUUGGUCCCAAGAUGAUGUUUGUUGCACUUGUCCUUGUUGGAGAAUUUACAAAAGGAUCCAGUAGUUUUCUCCGACCUCCACAGAAGACACAGAAGGCAGGGUUUUAUGACAGCUGUGUGGACAAUGAACAGAACCCGGCUAUUUUUGUCAUCUUUGAGAAGUAUCAGAUCUAUCCUGAGUACAUCAUUGAAUACUCUUAAGAUCCAGAUAUGUGCAUAGACUGUGAAGAAUGUGGUUCACAAUGUCUUAAGUACUUUGUUUUUAGAGUUUUACUGCUAAAAACUGGGGUGAGAUAUUGUUUUUGGUCAAGUUUCUUUGUUUGUGUUUAUUUGUUGUUGUUUUUUUUUGUUAGCAACAUUACGGGAAAACGUCUGGACCAAUCUACAUGAAACUUUCAGGAUAGAUGGGCAUUAGUCUCAAAUAGAACCUUCAUUUUGAGGCUCAUCGAGUCAAGGUCACGGUGACCAAAAAGUUAAUUAAUUAAUUAAUGCUCUGAGCUCAAACUGCAGGAGCGCUGCCUUGGAAAGACUCCUCCCACAAGCAUGCUGAUUGGAUCACGACCUGCCUUAUUUGCACACUUUGUGCUGUCAUUGGAUGGUUUCUUAGUUCGUUUACACACGCAAAGGAAGUGGUUUUGGCCACGCCCACUUUUAAACCCCAUUGAUAAAAACUUCCCCAUUCUGUUGAUUUUAUUAUUAUUAGCUCGCCCGCUAAGGACUAGACUAAAGAAAUUGCUUUCAAGACAUGUUUACGCUUAUUACAGCAGACCUCUCAAUAGUAGCCGGUCAGCGGCGGCAAAUCACAGUCUGUAGUAGGAUUUGCCACCGUCUAUUUUUCACUGAGUAGCAAAAAAUAUUUUUGUUUACAUAACUGUACAGGGCAGCACGGUGGUGUAGUGGUUAGCGCUGACGCCUCACAGCAAGAAGGUCUGGGUUCGAGCCCCGUGGCCGGCGAGGGCCUUUCUGUGCGGAGUUUGCAUGUUCUCCCCGUGUCCGCGUGGGUUUCCUCCGGGUGCUCCGGUUUCCCCCACAGUCCAAAGACAUGCAGGUUAGGUUAACUGGUGACUCUAAACUGAGCGUAGGUGUGAAUGUGAGUGUGAAUGGUUGUCUGUGUCUAUGUGUCAGCCCUGUGAUGACCUGGCGACUUGUCCAGGGUGUACCCCGCCUUUCGCCCGUAGUCAGCUGGGAUAGGCUCCAGCUUGCCUGCGACCCUGUAGAACAGGAUAAAGCGGCUAGAGAUAAUCAGAUGAGAUAACUGUACAAAACUGAGCAGCUUGCGAUGUGAAACUAAGUUUCAUUCAACUAAAUAAUGGCCAGGGUUCCUGUUGGUGCUCGUCACAUUUGUCGCUGACGAACAUAAUCCAUCUGUGACGAAGAGAAAAUUACUAGCAGUCGUCACAGUGAUGAAUGUGCGUCAUCAUUAUCAUAAGUCAUCUUUUAUAGUAAUCCCUCCGUUUACUGAAAUCCAACCCCAGUGAAGAGACUUUGGGAAGUCAGAGUGUAAACAAUGAGCGCGUGCUUGUGAUCAAUAAAAAUCGACUACACAUAAUGACCACAUGAGUGCCAAGCUUUUGACCAAUCACAGUGUGUCUUAAUUGGCCUGGUGUGGAGGUGUAAUCAUCUCUGUGUGAACCAAACAAUGGUGCUGUCUAAACUGGGGACUUUUUUUUUUGAUCGAGAUUCUUCCAGCACUGAAGAUGAUUUUAAGGGCCGAAAUAGCCAUGGGGGAGGCACAAUUAGGGCCCUGACCGUCCCCGAGCACAGCGGGCAGCGUCAGUAAUACAGGGGUCGGAAAAAAAAUAAAACAAAAAACAAUUAACAAUUUUUUUUAAAGGCAGUUGGACUCAGUCAAAACCAACCAGAAUAUUUGGUGAGCCCAAUGGUCAAGUCCAAGACAAUAGAAAAAACGUCUUGAGACUGGGCUCAAGUCCAAGACUACAUCUGAGUAUUACAGCCCUACUAUUGAUGUGUCUCACUACUGAUGCAUUUUCAACAUCUGUCAUAUAAGAUUUAAUUCAAUUUCAAGGGCGCAUUUCUUACUGUCAGUUUUUCUACUUACAUACAGUGGUGCUUGAAAAUUGGUGAACCCUUUAGAAUUGUCUAUAUUUCCACGUAAAUAUGACUUAAAAUAUCAACACGUCAUAAAAGUAGAUAAAGAAACUUUUAAGCAAACUUAAAACACCACUGUACAAUAUGUCAGGCAACCAGUCCAGGCUAGACUACUGAAAGCAUUUCUAGUUUUUAAUAGAAUCAUUAGGUGACUCAUUUUGGAUUUUUCGGAUCACGGAUCCGCCGACGGCAGUUAAAUACUACCGCUGAAAAAAUAAAGUCUGUGUGUAUUUUUAUUUGAACUGACGAAACGUACAAAAAGAAAUGAGAAACUUUUUGGGUCACAUAUUUUUCUUGUAACAACAUUGUAUCCCCAGUACUAGACCCUAUUUGUCACAAAUAAAAAGGAAAAAUUAUAAAUACAAAUGACAA